AUUUCUGGUUCUGAUUGUGAUUCCGGAGGUAAGAAAUUGGAGGUGGUUCUCACCCAGAUCUUCAGCGCCCCUCAUCUCAUUCUCUCUAAAUUGGUGGUCGGUGACGGCGGAGGAAGAGUUCCGGCACGGAGGCGGCAAAGCUCCGGUGGCGUGCUGCUCCGUGUUGGGUAGCAGGGUUACUUUCGUAAAUUUCCUUUUUAAUUUUUUUCAAGAGAUCUCAGCCAAUAUAUAACACCAAACCCCAUUCACGAUCUGCUUCAACCUCUGUCUCUUUCAUUCUUCCACAACCACACUCUCUUUCUCCCAGGUUUGGGCCCUUAGCAAUAAGCUAUAAUGGCUGUCGCGAAACCUGGUGUGAUUGCUUUGUUUGAUGUUGAUGGGACUCUUACAGCUCCCAGAAAGGUGGCUAAUUCAGAGAUGCUGGGGUUCAUGCAAGAACUGCGGAAGGUUGUAACAGUUGGAGUUGUUGGGGGGUCUGAUCUCAUAAAGAUAUCUGAGCAACUUGGCAGCACAGUUACCCAUGACUAUGAUUAUGUAUUUUCUGAGAAUGGUCUUGUGGCUCAUAAGCAAGGAAAGCUCAUUGGAACUGAGAGUUUGAAGACAUUUCUAGGGGACGAAAAGCUCAAGGAAUUUAUUAACUUUACUCUGCAUUACAUUGCUGACUUGGAUAUCCCUAUUAAGAGGGGAACAUUUAUAGAGUUCCGUAGUGGGAUGCUGAAUGUGUCACCAAUUGGGAGAAACUGUAGCCAAGAAGAAAGAGAUGAAUUUGAGAAGUAUGACAAGGUUCAAAACAUUCGCCCGAAAAUGGUUUCUGUACUUCGUGAGAAGUUUGCUCAUCUUAACCUGACAUUUUCUAUUGGAGGACAGAUAAGCUUUGACGUUUUUCCUCAAGGUUGGGACAAAACAUACUGCCUGAGAUACCUUGAUGCUUUCAAUGAAAUCCACUUCUUUGGUGACAAAACUUACAAGGGUGGGAACGACCAUGAAAUCUAUGAAUCUGAACGGACUAUUGGCCACACAGUUACCAGUCCUGAAGACACUAUCAAGCAGUGUAAAUCUUUGUUCCUAGAAAGUUAAGAAUUUUUCACAGCAACAUGUUACUGAGAAGUGGGAACAGAACGGAGCUAGUGUACUCAAAUACAUGGUUUACAGAAGACCACAGGCUGCAAAUAUAAUUCUUGUUUGUAUUUUUAUUAUAGCACUUCAUAUUUUGGAUUUAAUAUUAAGUUUAUCAUUCAGUUAAAUGGAUCUCGGUUAAAAAUUUGAAACUACUCAAAAUCAUGGUUUACUUAAUGAUCAAGCCACCAAUGCGCCAACAA